AUGUCUCUUCCAUCUGCUUCAUCUAUUUGUCAACUUCCAAGAUCAAUUCAGAUUAGCUCUUUGAAUGAGUUGUUUGAGCCGUGUCCUACCUUGACCUCUUACAUCAUCCCAAGAGUUUUCCAGGCUGACAGUAUAUAUGAUUCGUACACGCAGAUUGUGGAGUCGAUUCGCUCGCACUUAAUGGUUUUAAGAUCCCAGUACCAAACGAAUCCCACUCCCGAUCUCAAGAGGAUCAUCGACGCCAUAGUAGGGGCGCAUCCUAGAUUGGGGGCUCCUAAGCAGGUGCUUUUAUCUACCAACUCCCAGAGUGAACAGAAUUCCCUCAACGGUGGAGAUCCAAACCUCACCAAGAAACUCACACAGCUUAAUGAUUUGUAUGAAUCAACUUUUCCGGGACUUCGCUAUGUGGUAUUUGUUAACGGCAGAUCCAGGGAGGUGAUCAUGAGGAACAUGAAGAUGAGAAUCCAACGACACGAUUUCUUGGCCGAAGUAGUUGAAGCAUUCAAUGCAAUGUGCGACAUUGCUUUAGAUCGUGCCAGGAAGUUGGGUGCAAAGAUGUAA